CAAUUAUGUGAAAUCUGACAGACUACACGACACACAAAUAGUUUAAUAUUAUGUGAUUAUGAAGCUGGUGAUCUUGCUGUGGAUUCUGCCUGUAACUUUAGGAGACAUCCAUGUCACUUGUAUGUACUCUGCGGAAUGUUUGUUACCUUGCACAUCCACCAUCCUUGACAUCAUCCACUGGUACAAGGAUAGUAAACCAGUGCAUUCAUUCUAUUACAAUCAAGACCAGUUGGGCCAUCAGUCCGAGGACUACAAGGGAAGAACAUCCCUGUUACCGCAAUCUGAAAUUAAAAAUGGAAAUGUAUCACUCUUACUAAAAAACAUCAGGGUCCAAGAUGAAGGCCGAUACAGGUGCUACACUGCCAAUGAAAAAACAAAUGAUGAGAAGUUUGUGUCUGUGUCUGUAGAAGCUCCAGUUAAAUCGGUGGAUAUCACUUUAAAAAAUGAUACCGUCACCUGUAAGACCAGUGGAGUUUAUCCAAAACCAGAUGUCUCGUGGUCGUCAGAGCCCCUGGCGAACGAGUCAUUGAACACUUUCCAGGAAACAGAAGAAAAACUGUUUAUGGUGACAAGUGAACUUAAAGUGGGUGUCAUCGGAAGUACCUACAAAUACACCUGCUCCAUAACCAGUAAGGACAGGACAAAGACAGCUACUCUGGAAGAGCCAGGUUUGGAAACUGUCGAGAAAUUAACAGGAUCAGUAAGGGCCGGCAUUAUAGCAGGCAUUGUUGCCAUUGCCAUUGUUAUUGCCAUUGCCAUUUGUGUUGUGAUAAAAAAGAAGAGACAUAAAUACCAGAGAGGGAACACCACAAGAAACAACAGAUAA